AUACAACAUUAAGAAAAGGAAAUCGAAGAGAACGCUAAAAACAGCUAAAGAAAGAAGUAGAUAGAAAAGAAUAUAUUUGAUAUCUACGAAAACUUGAAAACAAACAAAAAAGCAACAUCCUUCCUAGAGAGGAGCUGUGAUUUAUUCAUAUGACAAGAGUUCUUGGAAAUGCUUUAAUAACAUGGCUGAACAAAGGCAGCGUGCUUUAUCUACGUCAGGAGAAGCACUCUACGAACUUCUGGGUCUUGAGAAGAGGGCAUCCCAUGAAGAAAUCAAGAAAUGUUACAGGAAACUGGCUCUGAAAUAUCAUCCUGACAAGAAUCCUGAUAACCCGGAGGCUGCAGAAAAGUUUAAAGAAAUCAACAAUGCUCAUACAAUACUAACUGAUGUCUCCAAAAGAAAUAUAUAUGACCAGUAUGGAUCGUUAGGGCUGUACAUCGCAGAACAAUUUGGUGAAGAAAACGUCAAUACAUACUUCAUGCUUUCUAGUUGGUGGGCAAAGGGCCUGUUUGCAAUCUGUGGCCUUCUGACUGGCUGUUACUUUUGCUGCUGCCUGUGCUGCUGUUUCAACUGCUGUUGUGGAAAGUGUAAGCCUAAACCACCAGAAGAAGAGCAAGAGUUCUGCAUGUCUCCAGAGGAUCUAGAAGAGCAAAUUAAGACAGACAUGGAAAAAGAUGGGGAAACUCCGAUUCUGCUUCAGCCGACAAAUGCAACUGAGAAAACCCAGCUUAUCGGAGACAGUCGUCACAGCUACCACACAGAUUCAUAAACCAGCAGCCACUGGAGUCUGACUGAAUGUCACUGAAGAAGUUCUGGAUUGUAAAGCAGUUAGAACAUUUUCACACAUUACACUAGGACUGCUGCCCUCCUAUGCACACUUACAUGGGAAUGAGUCCCACUGAACUCUGUUGAGCCCUACUUCUGAGAGAAUAUGCACAGGAUAAUGCGAUAAGAGCAUCUUUGAGCUCCUCCAGCAUUGUUUCCUUCCAUAUAUGCAAGGAAUAUGAAGUGGGAAAGAACCAUUUUAAAAAAUGAAUGUGCAUCAGACAUGCAAAAAGCUGUUUUAGUGUUAUGUGUGAAAAUGCCCCUAGUGUUUUGCAUAAUUGCACUUGAUUUGUACUUUAGACGAAGGUGAAUUGGACAUUUUUUUCUUUAAUCCUAGGAUCAUUAGAGCUCAGUAGUAGACCUAGUCGUUAGUAGACCUGUUGGCUUUGUUUUGUAGCACAGUGUUGCAACCAUAUGAACCUUAGGGUGCUUACCCACCCACCGACCUGCAAUCCUUUCAGAGCCAUGGUAUUUUUCUUGCCAUUCCUGUAGUCCCUGGGAUGAUGGACUAUUAUUGUUCCCUUUGUUGACUAUAUGUUAAGUAUGGGUAAAAAGAUCUUUUUGCCCAUGGAGGACUGUUGUAUGAUUCUAUCAGCUUCUUGGAAGAAAGACCAGUCAUUAUUUCAAAUAAUAAAUUUGCUUUCAGGUUUGCUGGGGCUCAGUUCUAUGCAGCAAUUUAUUUAUUUACUUAUUUACAUUUUAUUUCCUUGAUCAGAUACUUCCAGUAGACAUAGCGAAUGGUAAAUAGCUGGAAGAUGACUGGAUCUCUCUUCAGCAGUUGAAAUGCCUCUGGACACUUGUUCUGGGCGUGCAUGGUCCACUAAUAGAUCAGCAAACUACCUUUGAAGUACCCAAGACAUCUUUACUGCAAAAUAAAUUGCAACUAACAAUCCACAGAAAUAGUUUUAAGCCUGUUUUCAAACUUGAUGCAUGCAUGGCAGAUGGAAAGUAACAGGAUUUACACACACUCAGCUGUGGCCACAAUAACAGCCAUGCAGUCUGAUCCUAUGUAUGUUUACUUAGAGGUUGAAUGGUAUUUACUCCCAGAUAAGGGUGCAUAGGACUGCUGCCUAAGACUAUGGUUAUGCACAGUCUAUCCAUUUCCAUUUAUCUUAUACAUGUGAAUAGUCCCUAUCAGUAUUUCAGUUUCAGGUUUUGCUUAACCUGGGCCCUAAUGGGUGAUUAAGGGUUUAAUGUUCUUUAAUGGCUGAGAAUCACUUUCCAGCUACUAGAAUGUUAUAACCUGCAACUAAUAAGAAGGGCAGAAAAACAAGUUGUUGCACUUUGAAUUUGCACAGAAAUGGUAAGAGAUCUGAUAAAGGAGCAAUUCAUGGAACAUCCUAGUGCUCAGAGAAGUGGGUUGAGGUGAGCCUCCUUUUAAUAAUACACGUGCUAAGUAUUCAAACAAACACUGCUUAAUUGUGGACAGCUAGCAGAUUUAUUUUGCAGUAAAAUAUUAUGUACAUCAAAGGGUAGUCGGCUGAUACGUCACUGGAGCAGGACUGGAUGUACAGAACAAAAUAAGAGAAAAUGGCUCAGUUAAUUAUGCACAGAAUUAGGCUGGAAACUUCUUAUUCAUUUGAAGAAAUGACAGGAAGAUAGAGCAGGGGGGAAAUCCAAAAUGCUACCUUUAGAACAAAUCUAGUUGUAAGUGUGGAACCAAUCAGUUGUUAUAGAAGUAAGUUCAUUGUCCAUAAGAAGUCAAGAACAGGAUGUAUUUUAGAUACCUUGAACUCAGUAUUUGAUUUGUUAGUUAUUUGGCAACAUAGCAUUUAUCAUUUGUCACAUGGCUUGGUUGGUUGGUUGGUUGGUUGGUUCAUCAUUUAUGUUGACGUGUUCAGUUUCAGUCAAAUGUCUAUGAACCCUACAUAAUUGGAAAUGUAAAAUGAGUUGUCUCUAUUACAUUUGCAGGUACUUAGCUCUAUACUUCUGAAUUUGUUGCUGUACUCAUUUCAGAAUGUACAAUGAAUUUGACUUUUGCUAUCAGUAUAUUAUAUGAAAAAUAAAGAUUG